AGACGGUUUCAUAAGAAAAUAGGCCUUUCAAGAAGCAUCCGAAGAACAAGCAUGACGGGGAAACAAGGCGCCGUGCUGUCGGAAAGUUUAAAUCUAUCGGAGAAAACCUCUCUGGGCGCGAAUGGAGGGAGUAACAGCCACCAGCCGAAGAGCAGCGCGACCCAUCCGCCGCCCAGGUGCACCGGCUUUGGCAUCCAGGAGAUACUGGGGCUGAACAAGGAGCCGUCCGCGGCCCCGAGGAGCCCGCUGAGCUCGCUGCCGGCCGGGGCGCACCUGAUCGCCGCCAGGUCCUUGCUGAGCCCCGCCGGCAUGGGGGUGGGUGUCGGGAUGGGAUUAAUCGGCGCUGGUGGAAUUCCGACGUUUUACAGGCAGCCUGCGUUUUUGGAGACGGUGCUGUCGGACGCACAAGAUGUUCACCUGCAGCCUCACAGCAGGUCCGUAGGGCCGCUGGACACCAGCCAGUCCGCCAGCUCAGACUCAGAUGAUUUGUCUUCAAAUGAACGAAAACUCUCAAAGUCUUCAGUAAGUCAGAGCAAGAAACGCAAGAAAAGACGCCACCGGACCAUAUUCACCUCCUAUCAGCUGGAGGAGCUGGAAAAGGCCUUUAAUGAAGCGCACUACCCGGAUGUUUACGCACGAGAGAUGCUGGCCAUGAAGACAGAGCUACCUGAAGACAGGAUACAGGUAUGGUUCCAGAACCGCAGAGCCAAGUGGAGGAAGAGGGAGAAAUGCUGGGGCCGCAGCACCGUCAUGGCCGAGUACGGGCUGUAUGGAGCCAUGGUGAGGCACUCCAUCCCUCUGCCAGAGUCCAUCCUCAAGUCUGCCAAGGAUGGCAUCAUGGAGUCCUGCGCCCCCUGGCUGCUCGUCCAAGAUGGCUUACCAAUCACCAGACGCUAUUCUAAAUCUGAAUACCCGCAACUCUUUGCAGGGAUGCACAAAAAGUCCACGGAGGCAGCAGUCCCCCCGCCAACAGGACAGUGCGAUGCACCCCAGCAGCCGAGCUCUCAGAGGGCGGACGAGGCUGAGGCGGAGGACAAGAGGUCAGAGGGCAAGUCCACCAUUUCUAAAGAGGAACUGAGAGAGAACAGCAUUGCUGCACUCAGGGCCAAGGCACAGGAGCACAGUGCCAAAGUGCUGGGGACGGUUUCUCAUGACAGACUGCUGGAGGGCAAACAGGAGAGACAGGCAGCCGAGGAGAAAGCCGGCGAUCCCCUGAGUCCAGCAGAGGAGGAGAAAAGUCCGUAGAGACUCCGACGCUCCUGUGGACUUUUACUCUCAUGAGUGAGUGCAGUGGGCUGGCUGCACUUCCCCAACAUCACUCACUGUCCUGCAGGUUUUCAUCCCACACUGACUUCUCUAAAAACCGGCCUGCAUCUGGACUUCUGUAAGAAGAGAACUCAUCUGGCCGUCAGUGCUGCACAGAAGAUGCAACAUGCACUUUCUCUGAUUUACUUCCAAACCUGCAGUUGUUGUUGCUUAUGCAUAGUAGAGAAGAGUCGACUGAGUGGGAUUUAAGUGUUAAUAUUGGUGUAUAUAGAUCCCACAGUUAUAUAUAUAGAGCCAGAUGAGUCAGAUUUUAUCCAGUAUAACAGUUGUACCAUAUUAAUUAGGACUACCAAUGACAAUUUCAUUCUUGGCAUUCAUGUUAAUGUUGCUUGUACAGUUACUAAAUGGUGACAUUUGAGAUAAGAACCAUCCCACCGACAGAAAGUAAUUGUUG